CACCUAAAAUUCUACAAUAAACACAUUCAAUUACCUUUAAAUUUUCUAUUCGACUAUACUCAUGGCUCAAGCAUUCACUGGUCACGGUCAACCUGAGAACACUAUCGGUGUCAACCAAGGUGGUCCGCAUGGUUUGGGCGAUCCCAACGACAGACGUCUCCGGAAGGUCGAACGGGAAGUCCUCGUCCCGAAGAUAAUGCGAGAACGAGCCAAGGUAGAGAAAUGCAUACCUGAGGUGCAGGAUUUUGAAACCUGUUGCAAAGAUGCGGGCCUCCUGAUGGCAAUGAAGUGUCAGAAACAGAACAGUGCACUCAUGGCGUGCUCCCUCAAAUGGUAUAACGAUGAACAGUUCAAAUCCGAAUGCACGGAAAUCUACCUUGCAGAGCGCAGCGAAUACAGGCGAACUGGACUGCCCAAGAAGUUUCGGAACAUGAACUUAGACCAGCCGUCCCAGUAGGGUACGAACUGCGGAGCGACAUUUCUUAUUGUUUGUAAAAAUUGUUCACAGUUGAAUAGAAUAGUUUUAAACUA